AUGGGCGUCGAUAGACAAAUUCUCGUCGAGGGCGACAACGUCACCAAGCCAAAGCAAGGACAAACUGUCACCUGCCACUACGUGCUCACUCUUGAGAACGGAACGAAGGUCGACUCGUCUCGCGAUCGUGGAUCUCCAUUCAAGUUCAAGAUUGGAAAGGGAGAGGUCAUCAAGGGAUGGGACCAAGGAGUCGCUCAGAUGUCCGUCGGUGAGAAGUCGAAGCUCACCAUCUCCGCCGAUCUCGGCUACGGAGCACGUGGAGUUCCACCACAAAUCCCCGCCAACGCCACCCUCAUCUUCGAGGUCGAGCUUCUCGGAGUCAACUAA